UUCUCUGAGGCUCGUCAUUAGAAUGUGAGGAAAGCCACACAGAUAUUGCCCAGACUACUCAAAGAUUGUUUGGUUUACACUGAGAGCUAUUGCUCCGCUUCCGUGCGGCAGAAAAAUGAGGUUGCAACAAUUCUUUUGUGUUUUUUUUAUUUUUGUGAUGAGUCUUCUUCUUAUCAACGGACAGAGACCAGCUAAUUUGGCGUUGAGAAGAAAAUUGCACAGACACAACUGCCUUCAGAGGAGAUGUAUGCCACUCCAUUCACGGGUGCCCUUCCCCUGAGAUCUUAAGCUAACUUCACCUGGUCUGCCAGAAGAGGAGUGAAUAAAAGAUACCCACCCACACCAUAGUGUGAUUGCUAAGAAGUUCCUGUACAAAAAGGAAUCAUUUGAAAGCACCUGCGAUGGUUUCUUAGUUUUACAGGAUUCUCUUUUUCCUGGUUUCUCUUUAGAGGGGAAAAUAACAUAAAUUCAAAAACAAUUCCAAUCCGA